CAUUAAGCGAAAUAAUUCUCGACAGUCUCGAUAUUUAUUUGUGGGAUGUUUGUGUUGUAUAUGGUUAAAGUGUAUCAUGCUAUAAAAUCUCGAAACGAUAUUAGAAUGUGAAACAAUUAAGUUUUUCCUCCGCGAUUGUUGUUUGUUGUUUUAUCGAGUGGAAGAACGGGAAUAAUUUUUUUCAAGAGCGAGAGAAAAUUGGGAUGUUCUUAGCAUUUAUUGUCAUCAGUGAUAUUGGCUUAAAUCUUCGGGGGUUAUAGGACUUUAUAUAGAUUUACGAAUUUUUGUUGCUUAUUAGAGCAUUAAAAAAAAAGGUGGAAAAUGUCGAAGAGGAAAAGCAUUGAAAAUCCUGAAGUGCCAGGUUUGGAGCAAAAUCUUCCUCCUCCUUUGCCUCCAGUGUCUCCCGAAAAAACUCCUGAAAUUCCUGCACCAGCCAACCUCCUCUUAGAAAAUCAACCAAUUCUCCAACAAGUGAAUUCAUCCAUAAUCCUCAAUCCCUCUGCCCAGAUUAACUGUAACGAGUCCCAACCAAUUCCUCAUAUCAUGCCGCCCCUACCUUACAUGUCACCCGCGGUACCACAGCCACCGGUGGGACAAAUGAUGCCCUGGUGGGUUCCAAUAGACGCCGAUAGUACUAGUGUGUAUCCUCAAUGGUCGGAAAAUCAAAACAAAGUUUUCGCGUCGGAAGUUACUAAUGAUAGUGGUACAGUUCAUUUCAAGAGGAAGAUUGAGCAGGUUGAUCCUGCCAAAGACGCAGAAAAAGUUGCCAGUGCCCAGUCGGAACUCUCGGCCCUCAUGAAACCACUGAGGUGUGAUCUUUGUAAUGCAGUUAUGAACUCAACUUUGCAAGCUAAACUUCACUACGAGGGUAAGCCACAUCAAAAGAAGGUGUCCAUGUUCCUCAAUCAGAGUGUGAAGAAAUUGAAAACCGACGAGGGCCCUAUUACUACAACCUCAAGUGAUUGGAGCUCGUAUUGUGAUAUUUGUAAGACUUGGUUCACGUCUCAGGCUGACGCAUCUCAGCACUAUGCUGGGAAAAAGCACAUUCGAGCUACGACUGGAGCGCCAAAAAAAAAAAGUCCGAAGAAAGGCUCUACACCACCGGUGCAAGUAGAUCCAACAGGAAGGUUUGGCAUCGGUAUGGGUUUUCAGUUAGAGCCUCAAGGCCCUUCUAUCGCUGCAGAAACUAUGGAACCCGUUAGGCCCCUCAUUCCGCAAUUACCAGCUCCACAACUGUACAAUCCUGUAGCUACCACUUUCUCAGCUGCUCUGAGGUGCGAUCUCUGUGGAGUAACUGCUAAUCGUUUAGAACAGUUGGAGACCCAUAGACGGGGCACGAGACAUCAGAAAAUGUUGCGAUUAAAUGGGAUGAUUCCUGCAGAAACUAAUACUCCAAGUGAACAUGUAUCAACAACAACAACGACGAUUGACUAUUCAAUUUGCAGAACACCUUCAGGUUCUUACUACUGCGCCCCUUGCGACAAGUCGUUUACAUCCGAAAACAGCUUCGCUCAACAUGUAGAGAGCAAAAAACACAAAAACCAGGUGAAUCCAAAACAACCGGCAAAUCAAUCCCAACAGAGACUAUCGAACCAAGACAAGUAUAAGAAACAUAAAUUAUGAGGAAUUUAAUGUCUAUAGCUAUAUAUUUUUUAUUUAAAAAAGCUAAGAUAUUCUUGUCAAAAUGUUGUAUUGUCUGACUAAUAAAAACUACGUUCUAUAUUAAUCAUUCAUAAGCAACCCUUUCAAGUCAAUUUUCAAAAGUGAGUGUUUGAAAAUAAGACUUUUCACAAAGUGCAAUUUAACUAGGUAGCAUUAUCGUGUUCCGAUCGUGUUGUUAUGCCGCAGAUUUGGCCAAUUGGGUUAUUUUUAAAUAUUCAGAAAUCCAGCAUUGUCAGCGUGACACUCGUCGGUAUAACUGGAUUAUGGUGAUCAAGUAAUGACACAUACCUAAUUAUGUAUUUAAGAGACGGCUUGGGUAUGCAGAAGGCAGAUCCAAAGCCGGCUCCGGUAUGUGUUAGUUGUAAUCUUUGUAAUCAAUCAGAUGACAUA